UCAAAAAAAAAAAAGGGAUCAUAUAGAAUAGAAAGGCAAAAUAAAUCUCUAGAAAUUUAUAAUAACUUGAUUCUUCUCUCUCCCAAAACACUAUUUAAAGACAAUCUAAGCACACUACUUUCUUCCAUGCAAUUGUUGUGUUUUUGUGCACUUAGUAUUACUUUUCUCUCAUUUUAUCUUUCUUCAAAGCACCACUUUAAUUUCACACUCUCCAUAGCUAGAUAGCAACACACUAGUACUUCUUCCAUUAUAUAUAAUUUUGUUAUUAAUUAGUUCAUUUAAUUACAAAAACAUAUAGAGUAAUUAAUUAAAAGUAUUUCAAAGAUGUCUAGCAGAAGGUCAAGAUCAUCAAGACAUUCAGGAGGAUCAAGGAUAAGUGAGGACCAAAUCAAUGAUCUUGUUUCCAAGUUGCAACAGCUUCUUCCUGAGCUCAGGAACAGGUCCUCUGACAAGGUUUCAGCAGCUAGGGUGUUGCAAGAUACAUGCAAUUACAUAAGAAGUCUGCAUAGAGAAGUUGAUGAUCUGAGUGACAGAUUAUCAGAACUAUUGGAAUCAUCAGACACUACUCAAGCAGCUCUAAUUAGAAGCCUACUUAUGCAAUAGUCUAUCAUCAUGUUGUAUUUUUAUUUUUAUUUUUUUGGGGUUUCAAUUUCUUUCUUACUUGAUUCAGCAGUUACUAUUUUGUUCUUUUUUGGUUUUCUUUAAUUAGACUUUCCAUUUACUUAAUGACUGUUAGAAAAGAGAGUUUUCACUAUGUUUCUGAUUUGAACUCACCUUUAAUUAAAAGCUUUUUGAGGUCUAGCUAGCUUGGCUA